AUGUCGGAAUUUAUAGUUGGAGGUCAAGCAAUCGACCCUGAAAAGGCCGAGAAUAUGGAGGAGAUCGAAAUGCAAUUUGCCGUGAAGGCAGUGCAUCAAGCUGAAACAUAUUGGUCAUUAUUGGAGAAGGUCCCCGGAUCGCAAUUGAGACUCACUAAAUAUGACGAUGACAUCUUUAGCAAGUUGUUAUUGGACUUCCCAGAGUUUAAGGAAAAGUCAGCAGCUGCUUCAAUUAAUGAGGAUGAAAUGAAAUCCUCACAAGGUAAAGCCAAAUGGAGAAGUUUUAUCGAGAGUUUUAGCGAUAUUGAAGAGUUCAACUUUGGUACACUUUUGAGAUUGAAAGCCGACCAAGAGUAUGGUCAAGAUACAACGAUGUUUGCUGUGAGGAUGCAAUUUUAUGCUAUUGAGAUUGCUAGAAAUAGAUAUGGCUUGAAUGAUUGGAUUUAUGAAAGCGCAAAGAAGAAUGCAGAAAAAUAA